AUGUCAACUUCGAACCCUUUGCAAAACAUUCCCACUCCAGAACAAUUUCAAAAAUGUAUCAACUUUUAUGAAGCUGAUCAGAGAUUAGAUCAUAAGGAUAGAGAAACAAUUGCUGUUCAAUUGCAAAAAAUCUCAAUCAAAUCGAACCUUGUUGGUUAUACCACUGGUAUGUUGGGGUUCUUUAGUCCAACUGUUUACAUUAGACUCAUUAAAAAGCCACUCAUCACCCCGACCCCAUUCUUUUUGAUUCAAUAUCCAUUCUUGUCUUUAUGUUUUGGAUUUGGUACAUUGAUUGCUGGUAACUAUUAUUCAGGAAAGUACUUUUUCAACAAAACUAAAAAGAACCCAGCAAAUUUCCCAAACACUAAUGUCGCCAAUGUUUGGAAGAACAUGAGCUACCAAAAUGCUGGUGCAUACACAUUGUAUUACCUCAGAACAACCUUCAAUCCAAUGUUUAUCAUUAGAGACCCAAGAACUUGUUCUGAUGAAGCAUUGAUUGAUGCUAAACAAACGGGUCACUUUACUGAUACCAUUGGAUUGGGUCACACUGAUUCUCAAGUCCACAAGUACCCCUUGAGUACCUGGGAUAAGUUAAAGAUGCACCAUGGUUUGGAUAUCAGCAAGUGA